UUAGAUUCAUUAAUAUUUGAUAUUAACCUAUUUUAAUAUAAGCAAAAGGAAAGAGAAAGCAUAAAAUGCUUGUAAAUCUGCUAUAAUAUUUAUAAGCUAACACAAAAUACGAAUAAAAUCUUCGACGGAAAUAUACGAGAAAUAACGAGAUAAUGCAUGUUAAUAUUAAAAUUUAGCAACGUCGUAAUUUAACGCUGAAAAUUCUCACUAGGCUAACUGAAAGUUUUUUCUCAUCAAAACUAUCGUGUAAUACAGUAUUUAGAUAGCAUCAUAGCUUGUGUCCCUCCUCGCCGUUUAUCGAAUAAGCCACUUAAAUAUAAUAUUAGUAAUUAUGCAAAAUCCCUUUACCUAAAAAAAUCGCUGAUGUUUUUCCGACAUCAAAACCUGCGUAACUUACUUCUGAUAAGAGGCGAGGAGAUGCAGAAUGAGCUAGUUCAGAAUGGAUCUCGUACUUUCGCAACGUGAAACGUUUUCGGAGUAUGAGGCUUUAAUGCGCUUUUAUCACGUUACAAGAUAAAUUCUCAACUAAAAUUGUAUUAUUGAGAGAAAAUUUUAAUACGCUUCACAAAAUUGUAUGUAGAUUCACAAAUUUUACGUCGCGAUUGUAUGAUCACGCUUUUAUUUUUACCUCGUUUCUUCUGAAAUAUUCAAUAUUUAGAUUUUUGUUGCUAAAUUUAUCCACCAUUUUUCUUAUCAAUUACGGCAAACAGUUGAAUAUAAGAGACAUUUAAAUUUCAUAACUUUUCAAUGAUCUUGUUAUAUCUAGUUGACGUUUAUGCAGCGAUAAUAUAAACUUUAAACAUUUAACUUUCAAGUAUUUACUUGAAAACGUCAAUCGCAAUUAUUUUUUCAAUUUUUCUCUUGGAAAAACAGAACGGGAUAUCUCUUCUAAGUGGAGAAUGCAAAUACUAUUUUUAUUCGACAGCAGCACCAUUGGGACGCACUUUAUCGGACCAGAAAAACGUCAACUUCCUCAGGCAUAUGUGUAGAACUCAAUUCGUUUCGCUAGUAUACAAUCAAAAAUAUUUUCUGUUCUUUUCAUUCGAAGACAGAAGUUAUAUACUUAUAAAUAGCAAUAAAAUAUGUUACAUUGUAUCAUAUAAGGGGUUGUUUUUCGCUCAUUUAUUUAAUAAGAGCUAUUCUAUUAGAAUAAGGCUUGGUUGCACAAACAUUAUAUUAUCUUUAAGUGAAACUUGAGUCUGUGUUUGUUUUUAUUUAUUUAAAGAGAAAGCUAAAGACAGGCAUAUGGUUAAGUUUUGCUUAAAACCAAAACAAUAUUGGUGCAACCGGACUUAAAUCUAUUACGAUACGAAAUUAUGUAAACUGUUUUUUUUUUAGAUCCUUAUUUUUAGGGAAAAUUAAUAAAAAAGUUUCUAGACAGCAUACUUUUGUUGUGACUUAGUUAUGAAAUUGACAUAUAAUAUUUAACAAAUGUAUAACCACGUAUUUAUGCUGUAUGAUGUAAGAGUUUAUAUUAUUGGUUAUCCACAUACGUAACACGUAAAUUACACAUAUAGACGUGCGUUCGUGUACAGUCUAUAUUUUACAAUAGCAUUCAAGACAAACCGGUUUUUAAUUGAUUAGGUAAUUCUGCAGUGGUGGAUAUCUCAUCGAAAUGGACAGGUAUCGUACGAUAAAAAGAAGAUCCGUUAUUUAUGCUCAAGGCUACACAGUGCGAUUCAAGAACGUUAAAAUAUGACAAUCAAAAACAGAAUUAAUACAAAAGAUAAUUUUAUAUAUUCAAUAUUUAUAUUAUAUAUUUAUAAUUUUAAAUAGCAAAAUAAAUAAUAAAUAAAUUUUUCUUUAUCAAUAAAGCGCAAUACGUACAUUUAAUCUCUCCUCUCUCUCUUUCUCUCCCCCCCCCUCUCUUUCACACGAUACAAUAUAUUUUAUCUAGAAUAUACUUAUCAAAUAUUAUUAUCUAGUUAUCUAUAAAAUACGCUACAAGUUGAGAUUAGCUCGUUAUAUAAUGAUCACUUAUAAACACUGAGUCAGUAUUAUUUGAACUGCCAGCAAGUCGACUCAGUAAACGUCUAUCGCUCGCGCUGGACGGACAAGCCUUAACAAGACUUAACAAGCAUAUCCAAAUUGUCAUCGUACAACUAAAAAUGUCUCCCAACGAAGAUUUAGAGAAAUGGAUGAAAAAGGUGAUGUCAAAAAUUAUUGAGAGUUUUGGACCAAACAUCGACGAAGCUCAAUAUGAAAUAGACAAAUUCGCCGACAACAUUGCGAUGUCCAGUAUAUGUUACGUGUGCGUCAAGUUUAAAAAUAGAAUGACGGGCCUGAAUGAGGAAUGGAAUGUGAUACUGAAGAGACCCGUACAGUUAGAAGCCUUGAGACAGAGAUUCAACAGUGACUUUCAAUUUCACAAUGAAAUUUUGUUUUACCAGAUGUAUGCCCGACCGGAUGAGAACUUUCCAAAAUGUUUCUACGCUGACGAGAAGCCACCAACGGACUCGGUAAUCGCUUUGGAGAAUGUUAAUAAACGAGGAUACUGUCCUUGUCCAUAUAAGCGUGAUGUUCCUUUGGAGUAUACGUUAGCGGCAAUGCGCGAAUUGGGACGAUUCCACGGUAAAGGAUACGUCAUGAAGGAGCUACAGAAGGAAAAAUUCUUCGAUAUCGUAGGGCAGCUUAAAAAUUGUAGGUACGACAGGCCAAAGUACGAGUUUGAGAUUCUUGUCAACAGUCAGGCAACGCGAGCGGUAGGGUAUCUUCGUACUCGCAAUUAUGAUUCGGUUUUCUGUGACAAAAUGGAGGCUGUACUCUCAAACGCAUUUGAUGAGGUGAUGAUGAAAACGGUUCAACCGCUAGAACCUUUGGCGACUUUAUGCCAUGGCGAUUUUACAUUGAAUAACAUACUCUUCAAGAUGGAGGAUAAUGGACAACAACACGCGAUGCUAAUUGACUUCGCACUUCUUGGAUACUCAACUCCUGUCGUCGAUCUUUCUACAUAUCUUGGUUUGUGUUUCUCGAAUGAAAUGAAGGACAAGUUCUCCGAAAUAAUGCAAGCUUAUCACAAUGCAUUGAAAGAAUAUCUACUGGAAGCUGGCGUUUGGAAUGCAGAGAAAUACUCGUACAAUGCUUUCCUGGAUGAUUACAAGAGAGGGGGUCUUUUCGGUUAUGUUAUCGCGUCUUUCUUUUUAGCACACGAAUUGGGGUAUAGCACCGUAAGUGCAGAACAGCUAGGAAACAUGGAUAUAAAGAAUUUUAGCGAAUUAAUCAAGCAGAACGGUGGAGAUGAAGUGUCUAAGAUAUUAGCGGAUUUAUUACUAUUUCUGAGGGAUCUUGGUUGUUUGAAACAUUUCUUAUAAUCGCAUGGUGUUUAUAUACGUACAUAAAAGAGAUACACAUAAUAAUUAUACAAAAUUAAUAAAAAUAAUCAAAAACAUUUUUUUUUUAAUAAUUGAGAAUUCAAUUUUAAAUACUUAUGUUAAUUAUCAAAAUUUUUUGUAAUUCUUUGUUAUUAAGGCACAUAUCAUUAUUAAUAAAUUGUAAUAAUUAAAGUAAACAGUACAAAUUUUUAUAAAUAUCCAAAUACACAAUUAUGUUUCUAAGAUGUUUCUAGGAUGUAUCUAGUGUAAAUAAAAAGAAAAAGUAUUUUUUCAUAAAGUAUUUUUACAUAUAAAUAUA